UUUGGAGUCAGUAUGAUUCUGUACUCUGCCCUUAUUUAUCUGUAUGAUUUUAGGCAAAAUACGUAAUUUCUCUGGACAUCAUUUUCCUCAGCUGCCAGGCCUGUUACAUAACAGAGAAGCUGCAGAACCUAUUGGCGGUCUACAGGAAUAUUAUUAUGAGCUAUGUGUGGAAAAGUCCCAGGAAAUUAAACCUUUUAUAUUGCAUAUACUCCAAAAAGUGGAUGAAGAAAUUGAAAAGGGAUUGGCAGGAAUCACAUUAAAUGUUGCUGGUAACUGUCGCUUAAUGCCAGUAGAAAGAGUAACAGGUGAAGAUUUUUGGAUUCUUUGCAGAAUUUUAAAGAAUAAUCCAUAUAUUAAUGGUUUGGAUGUUAGAUAUAACCUCAUAAGUGAUGUUGGUGCAUCCUAUGCUGCAGAACUGCUUCAGAAACAACAUAAUCUCAUUUACUUAAACCUUAUGUUUAAUGACAUCGGGCCUGAAGGUGGAGAACUGAUUGCUAAAGCACUACAUAAGAAUACAACUCUGAAACACCUAAGAAUGACUGGAAACAAGAUUGAAAAUAAGGGUGGAAUGUUUUUUGCUGCAAUGCUACAAAUUAAUUCAUCCUUAGAGAAAUUAGAUCUGGGUGACUGUGAUCUGGGAAUGCAGAGUGUGAUAGCAUUCGCUACAGUCCUAACUCAAAACCAAACAAUUAAGGGAUUAAACCUAAACCGACCUGUACUUUAUGGUGAACAGGAAGAGUCCACAGUUCAUCUAGGCCACAUGUUGAAAGAAAAUCAGUGCCUUGUUGAACUACACCUGUGUAAGCAUGACAUAAAAAACUGUGGUAUGAAACAGUUAUGUGAUGCACUGUGUCUGAACAGAAGCCUGCGCUACCUUGAUGUAAGCUGCAAUAAAAUAACUCAGGAUGGAAUGGUGUGUUUGGCCGAUGUACUGAAAAAGAAUACUACCCUGGAAGUAAUAGAUCUUUCUUUUAACAGAAUAGAAAAUGCAGGAGCAAACUAUCUCAGUGACACUCUUGCUUCACACAACAGGACUCUUAAAGCGUUGUCAGUGGUAAGCAACAACAUAAAGGGAGAAGGACUUGUUGCACUUUCACAAUCAAUGAAAACAAAUCCCACACUCUCUAAUAUCUACCUGUGGGGAAACAAAUUUGAUGAAGCUACAUGUAUGACAUAUUCAGAUUUAAUUCACAUGGGCCGUCUAAAAUCAGACAAUACAGAUGUGGAGCCAUAUGUGGUGGAUGGACACGUGUACCUUGCAGAAGUCUCCAAUGGCCUUAAAAGGCAUUAUUACUGGACACCAGGUUAUGGAGAAGCUUGCAGCCUAUCAUCUAAUGCAGGUCUUACUCUUGUACCAGUAGGUCAAUAUCUAUGAAAAACAAGCUUUAAUUUUCAUAUAUUUGUCUUAUUACUCUUCACGGAGAUUACAUUUUAUUGUCUAUUAAAUUUUCUUUCAUAAAUUAGAACAAU